AAAUCGCUUAUAAUAUGUUGUAAAUAUUGUAGUUAUGUUCAAGCUUUUUGACCUCCAUGGAACCGGCUUCAUCGAGCCCCAUGAGGUAUGAAGAGUGCAUCUGAACAGAGACAAUCUCUGCCUCCUGAGAAGAGUGAAGGUUCUGUAGCUGAGAUUGAAGAAGAAGCAAAGCUGCGUGAAGGGGUUGGAGCAGCUGUUGAUGAAGCAUCAAUUUCAGUUUCUCUCAUGCAAGAGUUGGCGAAAUAUGAGAGUGCGGAAAGAGAAGUUCGAAGACUGCUAUGGAUUAUCAUGGAGAAUGAGUCAAAUGAGGAAAAGGAAAUAAUGAAAUCUCGCUUUGAGGAUGCGAAAGCGAAUGGGAAAGCUUUUGUGAGAGAGAUGUUGCAAGCAUCUGACAAGGAAAGGGCUCUGGAAGUUGUGAAGAAAGAGAGGAGGACAACAGAUCAUGGAGUGCAGAAAUUCAAGCUAGAGCCAUUAAGGUUCCCCAUUGGAGCUGCUAAUGACAAGACGAGGUGUUAUGUGUACAUGAAAGGCUCAAAGGACAAUUCCUGGAAUUUGAAUUGCUCUGUUAUACUUCAGAGUAUAGCUAAUGGAGAAGACUCUACUCACACACAUGCUCUUGAGUGGAAAUUGUGUAAGAGUAUGAAGAACAAGUGUAGCCAAGUGCUCGAUGUUCAAUUUGGAGUUUCCAGAAAGAGUCUUAAGAUGGUUGCAGCAUACUCUGAUGGGUACCUUUGGUUUUUUGAGCUGUUGAAUCCUUUGGAACUAAAGAAUUGGCAACUUCAGGCCAAGUUUCAGAAUGUGAUCGAUUCUCUAUCGACGCUCGGUAAACCUUCAAGCUUACCUGCAUCUGUUUCUUGGAAUCCGAGGAAAGGUGAAGAGCAAGAACCAAGCUUUGUUUUUGCCUUCAACUCUGACUCUCCACAUCUUAACUGUGCUGUGACGGAGACAUAAUGUGUUGCUGCUUUUGUAUGUGUCUGGCAUAUUGAUUGAUAUGUGUAUAUUUGGUUACAGUUGUGUAUAAUCUUUGUUAUUUUCCUGUUAGGUUGCAAACAAGAGUUGAUAAGAGCUCUCACCAAUCUCACUAAUUUAUGUUUUGAGCGUGACAAGGGCAAAAAAUGGCAACCAGUGUCACUUGUGCACGAACACACUCCAAAUCUACUAACUUUUCGCCAUCAGUAUCAAUAAAUCUUGAAGACGACA